UAUAUAAAAAAACUGUCAAUAAUUUUGAAGAAGAAAACACAGACUACAAAACAAUUAAAAAAUAAUUAAUAAUAGUUUAAAAAAAUAAAUAUAGUGCAUUAUUAUUACUUUAAUUAAAAAAAAAAACUUUUAAUAAAGUUUUAAAAUUAUAAAUUUAAAUUUGAUGAAAAUAAUAUUAAAAAAAACACUAUAAUUUAGUAUAAAAAAAUUAUGCCAAUUAGUUUAAUAAAAUCAAUCAUAAUUCUUUAAAUAAUAAUUUUGUGAUAGCAAACGUGUAAUACAAAGAAAAAAUAUUUAAAGUAAAUCUUAAUACAAAUAACGUAAAAGCCAGACCACAAACAUUACAAACGCAAAUAAACUAAAAACCGACGAGUAAGCAGCCCCUGACUAACAACGCGCGCUUAAGCCCAACCAAGCAACGAUAUUUUCCGCAAGCUAAUUUUAAGAGACCAGAGGCGCAGAAGAAAGAAUAACGCAAAACAGUAGCAAAAACACAGACACCAGAAGAAAAGACGCGCCCAGACAGAGGCUGAACACGCCAAAGAGGCAUGAUCGCCAAUGUAAAUUGAAAGCGCGCGCGCGACAACUUCACCACUUACACUGAUAUCUGCGUACAAAACUACACAAUUAAUCAAUUUGUAACUUUAACGCAGAAAAAAGUGGAAAAAUUACAACAAAUUCUAACGAUACGCCGCCGCCAAUGUACAAUUAAAGUAUACACAUAUCAAUAGAGACGAAGCGGCAGCCAACAAACCAAGCGGCAAGUGAGCGCUGCAUACAAUAAAUGGGCGAGAGCAGAUAACUCGUGCAGCGCGCGAUACUUACAACAAAGUAGCCGACAAGCAACACCAACAACAUACAAAAUAUAUGAUGACUUGUGGAAACACCAGUGGCUAGCUUGCAUGAAACAAAACAUACUCGUGUAUGUAUGUAUAUAUAUGCCUAGCGCACUAUCAAAAAAAAACAGAAACCAAAUCAACGGUGCGUCGACUCAUCAGCACACACAUACAAGCUAUCGUGGGAAUUUUUCAAGAAUUACUGGACUUCGUCAUACAUACGAGCGCCUUGUAUCAUACUAAAGCGCUGCGUGCUUGUGAGAGCGCGGGCAUAAAUUUUGAGCAUCAAGUUGCUGCUCAAUGUGCUCAGCGCGCUCAGUGAAACGCAAAAUCACGAAAAGUGCUGCGUAACAGCGCAGCAGUACGCUUUACAAAAGCGCUAGUGAGCGCAAGUGAUACAGCGCUUUCUACCUGUUGGGCGCGAGUGCGAGCGCGAUCAAUGCCACACAGCCACCCACUUGCGCGCUCAGCUGUUUGCCAAAGCUGCGAUCGCAGAGAGGCGCUCACAUUGAAAAUACGAACAACGCGCCGCUCGCAAAUUUGUGCGCUGGGCAAUUGGUUAUAUUACAUGGCUGGCGCGCAGCGACCGCUCUACAGUUUUGCUUGAAACGUUUUGGAGUGCAGAUCGUUGAAGUUGCCAAGUGAAGAAAUUCGAAAACGGUCAAACGCGAAACAUACGAUUCGCAAAAGCAAAAAACAAAUACAAGAAAUUUUUAUUAUAUGUGCAACUGAAUGCUGAGUAAAUGUAAAUGUAUAUAGUGUAAACGCUUAGCAGCGUUCAGUUGAAGCGUUAAAUUUUACCAAUAAUCUUGCAAGUGUUACAAUAUAAAGCGCCAACUCAUAAACGCCAGCUGCAAGUUGAGAAAAGUUUGCCAAGCAAAAGCCAACGAACAGCCAACUGGAAUUGUGAAACAAUGAAUUUAUAUUUUGUUCAACAAAAAAUUGCGUGAAAUUGUGUUUAAAAAUUCGGCAAUCUUGUGGCGUGUGUAGACAACGCCACAAAAAAAGCAAGAAACAAACGCAAGCGCUCGCACUAACAAUAAGCGCUGGCAACGCGGCCGAAAGUAAAAAGCGCAAAGCAACCAGUAAACUGGUCAUAAAGUGAACGCGCCUGUGAAUUGUGCAUAAAUUUGAAAACAAGAAAACGGCAAAGCGCAAGAAAAACGAUUUUUAGUUAAAUUUGUAUAAAAUCCCCGCAAGCCAACAACAGUCCAAGUGAGGUUGAGUGUGGCGCGCAAAAAGUUGAAAAAUAAACAUAAAUUAUAAAUAUAACAAAAAAUAUACAUAUAUAUGUAUAGUUCUUAUAUAUAAAGUUUAAAAGUUGUAUAAAUUUAAGUCACAGCGCACAAAGCAGAUGCGUACGCGCUAGACAGUGAGGAACUUCAACAUUAACGCGCGGCAGUGACUUCCAACUUCAAAUAAUAUUAAAAAAAAAAAAAUAACUGCAAAUCAUACAACAAAGUUUAGCAAGUGAUUACAAGUGCUGAAAAAGUGUGCAAUUAAAGCGAAAAACUCACAAGCGCAGACGCUAAGCAGAGCAGUCAGCCACAAAGGCCAAACUAAACUUUAGCAUAUGACAAAAAAACGCAGUGACUAAGCGGAAAACAGCAAAGCAAUAGUGUAGUUGUUGGCGCAUGAAAACUUUCCGCUACAAAAACAAGAAGAAAAAGAAAAGUGAAGAAAGUGUAACCGCCCGCGCGUCACUCGACAGAUAACGCAGUUCAAAGGGAGCGUCAAGGCGUGAAAAAUCGCGAAGCAAAAACCCGCCGCGCGAACAAACAAAAACUAACAGAAGAGUGCGAUUAUUUUAAAAAAAAAAUAACAGUUAAACGUUUUUGCCUGUUACUCGUAAAGUGCGCCACGCCCCUGCGCGCCGUGCAAGCAAACGCUGACUAAGUGCCAGUAGCAAAAACAGUUGAAAGUGAAAAUUUGCAAGUGUGAACUAGCGCAGCGCGUAACAGUUUAGAACGCCGCACGCGCGCGCGCACGCUUUGUUUCUAUAAACACUGUAUUGUUGUUGUUAAAACGUGUACAAAUGCCGCGUCAGCUGCCAACACACAACAGAUUUACAACAUUUAAGCAAAAACAAGAAAAGCAAAAACAUUACAGAGCGUUAACAAAUAAAAGUGAACAUUUUCUGUGCAGCUGAGUGCAAGUGUCCACAAGAAAACCGUUGAUUUGUUAAAUCGCACAGCGCACAGCGCAUGCUAAACGCUAACACCCGCCGCUACAACAAAUAAUGGCCAUAGAUUUUCUAAUACUCGCGCUAUUGCUGUUCUCGUUCGUCAUCAAUUUGCUGGCUUUGGGCGCAUUCUGGGUGACGCCCGGUCUGCGCACCACUGCCAAUCGCUUUACCAUCAAUUUGCUGGUGAUCAAUUUGAUCGGCUGCCUCAUACUGGCGCCCACACUAUUCCUCAGUCAGGCAACGCGUCGCGUCGCUAGCAAGGAUGCCGCCGCCGGCGCUAAUGCGUCCACAUUGUCACUGGCCGCGACGGCGAGUGAUGAUCGCAUCGAGAUACUGGCCAAACCGGGUAAUCGUCAGAUGACCAUCAAGCAUAAUGGCAAAUUGGUGGAGCAGGAGGGCGUUAUUGUGCGGCGUAAUUUGACUAGCGCACAGGACGCGCGCACAAUCGAAACAAUUUACAAGUGCAAUUCGACUUAUUGUCAGGAGUUGACAAUCGAUGAAGGCACCGAUACGAUUGUUAUCACCGAAAUCGAAGAGGCGAAUCAUCAUGCUGAGACGGCGAGUGCAGCGCCUGUGGAUGUCGUGGCAGCGCUGCUGCCGCGUCCACAUAUACGCUGCUGGUCCAUCGAUAUGACAGCCGCUUUGGGCGCGCUUGGUGUGCUGCUUGUCGUCGGCGAUACUUGGUGUGCCGUCACCGAUCCACUGCGCUAUCAUACGCGCAUAUCCAGUUUGAAGACGUGGAUAUUUAUUGCGCUCACUUGGGUGGUGGGUUUGAUGUUUGGCGCGCUGUCUGCCUUUCGUGAGAUCGAUUUUACCACCAAAACUGUGCUGCACGAGCAGCAAGGAUUUGCGGAAAUGAGUUUGAGCUCGGCGAAUAGUAUUUUUGGCAUCAGCUUCGCCUGCGUUUACUUCGUCAUCAUCAUACUGCUGCCGUUCGGCUUCGUGUGUGGCAUGUAUUGGCGCAUAUUUAGUGAAGCGCGUGAGAAUGGCUUGCGCAUGCGCCAGAAUGGUUCAUCGCCGUUGUUGCAAAGCGCGCUCAAUCUGACACAUCAUCAGCAAAGCUCAUCGCUGCAAUAUGCGAAUAUGUGCGCGCAUCGCAACUCCGUUUCAUCGGCGUCUUCGAAUGGUGGCGGCAGCGCUUGUGAACGCGGCGGCCUGCAAAUGCAGAUUGAUCAUCGUAAAAGUUCGCCUGUGUGUGCGCGUCGCGACUCCGCCGCCAAAGUGCUGUUGCCCACCAUCUCCGAUGAUGGUUUGUCAGAUGAGGCGGCGCAACUCGAAUCCGGCGAUUACAACGCCGAACCACUGGUGCCACUCACACAGCAACCCAACUAUGCGGAUCGUAAUCAAAAUAUCCUACUGACGCUACAAGCUGCGAGCGGUGAAAUCAAGCGCAAUUAUUCGGCGCGUCAGCUGCCGUUGCUCGGCACAUCUUCGCAGGAUUUGCUGGAAACGAACAGACUAGAAGGUGUGCGUCAAGUGCAUUCCUCGCCCAAUCUACAUAAGUAUACACAAGAUUCGCUGGAGACCAGCUGUUCGCCGCACCUGUUAGGGCAUGCAGAGUUGCAUCCACACGAUGCCGCUACCAACAACACCACCACCGGCAUACGCCAACAACACUUCGUGUCACCGAACGCGCACAAUCGCCAACACUCGCAUGUGUUGCAAAUACCUUGCCUGCCGCAUAGCUCACCGAAAGCGCUUAGCUACAUGUCAACGCUGCGCCAUCGCCUGUCGAACGCCUCAUCGCUCUUCAAGUAUCGCGAGGAGUCGCGCACAGUGCGCAUCAGCAUUUUAGUGAUCAUUAUGUUCCUGGUUUCGUAUUUGCCUUUCGGCUUCCUGGUCUUGCUGCAGAGUCGACUGCCCAGCGCCAACUUUGAACAUUCCACACAGCUUGCCAUCUUCAUGCUGCUGCUGGGCAAUCUUACGUCACCCUUCAUAUUUGCGUAUCGCAAUAAGCGCGUGCGUCGCGGCGUUAAACGUCUCUUCGGUUUCGAAGUCAGCACGCGUGAGCGUUCGCUGCAGCGUCAGAGCAGUUCCAGCGGACGUGGCAGUGGCUUUCUCAAUCGUCAUUGCGCAGGCACGCGCAACGGCGCCAACAUUCGACGCAACAUCAGCAAAGUGUCCACAUAUUCGUUGAACUCCUGUAAAUUUCUAACACCACAGAAUUCGCUCAGCAGCGCCGUUGUGCCGCCAGCAGCAACGGCUGCCAACCGUCACAGCAGUCCCGCGCGCAUACAUGGCCUACGCCCGAACAGCAGCUGCAGCACGAUCAUCAAUUUCGGCGCGCCACCAGCUAAAGACCAGGCGCUGCCAACGUCACAGCAUCAGCAGCAACAGCAAACAACAGCAGUAGAGGCUACACCAAAGACUGCAACCAAGUCAUGUGACACACCUACCGCUCUCAAAGCCACAUACAUAUUGAACAUGAAUGGCAAUUCACCGAAUGGCACCGCGCGCAUUAGCGAAGCGCUGCCAGCAGCGAAUGGCAAAUUCACGCCAAAGCGCAGUCUAUUUAAGAUCUUCUUUCAAGGUUCAAAGAAUCUGGGCUGCGCUGCAGCGCAAUCAUGCGCGCAAGGCAAAGAUGCUGAAGUGGAACCAGCCGACGUAUGAGCUGUGCAGCAGCAACACAGCCUUGGCAGAAGGCCUAGCGAAAGUCUAAGGUACAGCGUCAUCCGACAGCGUAUCAGCACCAUUGCUUGUGUCAAUCAUCAGCUUAGCUAUGCUACGAGUAUGUACCAAGCCGAUAUUGAGAGGCGCAUACAGCGGUCUGCGCAACGCAGACACGAAUGUGCAGUCCAUAAACGGCCGGCAGCUGACAAAGCAGUAAAUCGAGUGCUACAGCAGUCCGCAAAUGGACACCGACAUAGUCGUCAACACAAUGGCAGCAGCAGCAACAACAAAUGACAGCGUAGCGGUAAGCGCAUUGCAGUCAAACAAGCAGCAACCAGUCAGUAUUAAGUAUAUACUUAUCCACACAUAUAUAUACAUAUGUUUUUUAUGUGCUAAUAGAUUCUAAAUAUGCUAGCGUUAGUUUGAAAAAAAUUCUAACAAGAAACCACGGGCUUUGUUAGUGGGCGUUUUAAGCUGCCGCGCGCGCUCAGCAACUGAAUUCAUAGCAAGUUUGCAUAUAUAGGUAGUUGUGUAUGUGUCUAAAGUUUAUAUUAUAACAGUUUUUUUCUGAAAUGAAAAACAUAAGAAGGCCAAAAUAUGGGCUUGAGCGCGAAAAGUGUGUUACAAAUGUUAAAUUUUGCCAAUAAGAAAGUGAGCUUAAGCAGAUUACACGAUUUGAAAUUGUGAAAAAAUAAUGAAACCAUACAAAGCACGGAGUAUUAGAAAUUUGUAGCUAAUUUUUGCCUAAAUUGUAAUCGAAUUGUAUACAAAUUGUGGCUGAUUCAUACACAAAAUAUAUCUAAAUUUUACCGAAAUUGUAUCUACUUGUAGUACUUUGUAUCAAAUUGCAUUUGUUUGUGCUGAAAAUCUAUCUACUUUGUACCUAAAUCUCUUAAUUGGCCAGAUAUUGUAUAUAUUUCGUACCGUAUGGUGUGAAUCAGUACCGAAGAUGUUGCUAUUAGUAACCAGUAUAUUUUAAUUUUCAACAAAUGUUUUUCCUUACCUAAAAUAUACCAGAAUUGUAUUCGAUUUGUAUCCAUUUCGUAUCCAAUUUAUACCCAAUUUGUAUCGAAAUUCGGUAAACAAAAAAAAUAUUUUACUUAUUUUUAUAAAAAUUUAAAAAUACAUACUUAAAAUUAUGUGUGUUUGCAUAAUUUCACUCAUUGCUUGUAACGCAAGUGCUUCUAUGGCUACACAGAAAACAAAAGUCAAGCGUAAAUUUUAUUUUAAAACAUAAGAAAGGCGUUCAAUUGAUUAUUUUUAUUUGUAUACCUUUGCUUGGGUAUAUUUUUUGUCUUAUUUGUACAAGUGAAAGUGACCUAGAAAAUUGAAAAAUAAAAUAAUUUCCAAAAACAUAUACAAAUAUACGUGCAUGUACAUAUGUAUGAGUAUUAAAAUCCGUGCGAGCUAGAAUUUACUUGUAUAUGUAAAUAAAGUCAAAUUAUAUAAGUCGUUUUAAAUGGCAAGAACUAAACAAAAGUCAAUAUAUACUUAUUUAGUGAGAGGAGAAAAAGUUAACGACUAAGCUUUUAACUAGCAAAAUUCUUUAGAAAAAAUAUUUAACAAGCGGAAAAGUUAGAAUCUAAUGUUAAGGUAUGUGUUUAUAUAGGUAAAAGUCUAGAUUAACGGUAAAUACAGUGUAACACAAGAAUGUAUAGACAGCAGAACAGAUUUACAUUCAUACUACUUAUGUACUCGUAUAUGUUUAUAUAUGUACUUAUACAUAUAUACCAAAUUUGCAUGUUUUGCUGCACUGUAAAUAGUUAAGGUAGUGGAUGUCUAAAAGAGAAGAAGAAAAGUAGUUCACGCUUCAUUUUCGAAUGAUUAAUUACAAUAACUAAACGCUGUUAAUGCUAACUUCAAUUGAACUUUCCAUUUAAUGCAACAACAAAGCUUUAAUUAAACUAGUAACAUUCUAAAAUUCGUAGCUAAUUAAUAUACAUUUAUUGUAUAUGUGCAUAAAUAUAUAUUAUAUACAUAAAAUUAUUUUAUAUAUGUACAUACAUGUGUACAUAGAACGAACACACACACAUGCAUACAAGCAAGCAAAGAAACAAAGUCAACAGCGCCGAAGUAGAGAACAGUACAUUUUAAGUGUAUAAAUAAAAACAACAAAAUAUAUGAGAAAACAUUUAGUAUAAUUUUUCACGCCAUUUAUUUACUCAAAUCCAUUAAAAUUCUAAUUCUGCUUGAAAUGGAAAGUUUUCCGGCAUUUGAGAGGAAUAUUAACAAAAACCAUUAUUGAUCAAUUGAAUUUAAGCAAAAAAGCUAACAAACACAAACAGCAGAGCUUUAAUUUGUAAUAUUUUAUGCUUGCUAUAUUUUUUGUUGUUUUUAUUUUCAUAAAAGACAAUAACUUUUUAUACAUUUUUUUACUAUAAAUUAAAAAAAAUUAUUUUUCAUAAAUUUUUCCCAUAAUUUCUGUGUUAAUUCUUUAAUUUUAACUUUUUAAUCCGUUUUUUUUUAAUUUACAUUUUCCUAUAAUCUUUGCUAUAAUAUUUACUAUAAUUUUGACUAAUUUUUUCUGUAGUUUUCAAGUAUAAAUUUUUCUUUAAUUUUUACUGUAAAAUUUUCCUCUGAAUUUUUCUAUAACUAUAACCAUAAAUUUUCCCAUAAUUUUUGCUACAAUAUUUAUUUUAUGAUUUUUACCACAAUU